AUGUAUUCAGUGUAUAUAACUUCAUUUGUACAUUUCAUCCUACUAGAAGUUCUACUAAUACAAUCAAGUGAAUUGUUGACGGUAUUUACUGGGAAAUAUACUUUGCUCAAUACAAGUGAUUGUACCAAAGAUUUGCCUGUCUACAGACCAAACCCGAAUGGACAAUGGCCAUCUAAAAUCAGUUCUGCUGAAUAUGAGACCUUCGUCAGUGAUAGACAGAUGAGACUUAAAAUCACUUGGAAAGCAGAUAUAACAAAUCCUGAUAUUUGUCAUAUAUUAGACUACACUAAUGCAAUCACCAAUUCCAGUUCUGGCCUGUUCUAUUUUAGGAUUGUAUUCAGUAUCGCUGAGAAUAUGAAUUACACAGCAGAGUUAUCUCCCUUACCCAGACAUGAUGAAACCUUAGUUCAUACUUCACAAUUCGAUUCAGUGGACUGUAGCAUUUUCGCACCAGCAUUUAGCCAUGAUUAUGACGGAAGAUAUCUAAAUGUGACAUUUUCGAAAGGACCUGACAAAUGUAAUUAUCGAAAAUAUGAAAUUGGUGUGUACAAAAGCGAAAGCAAGAAUAAAAUAGCAGAGAUCAUUGUCCCGACCCAGGAUAAUGUGAAAAAUCUCCAUGCAUUCACUGAACUGAAAAUUUCCAAAGGGUAUUAUCAUCUUAUGCUCAGUGUGUUUGAAGAGAAUGCUAAUUCUUGUACCUGCCGAAACAAACAAAAUCAGUGUCGGAAUUGUAAGUACAAAAAUUCUCAACCAGAAUAUAUGAUUGCAGCAAAAAGUUAUUUUCCAAGAAUGCAGCAUCGUAAGAAACAAGAGUCAAACCAAUUCCUCUUCCUUCUUGGAAUUGCCAAUGGAUUAUUACUAUUAAUUGCACUGACUCUUUCCAUCACAUAUUGGAAAUUAAGUGUGCAUCUGAUGGUGAAAAAACGAGGUCUUGUCCUGCUUAUCGAUGACCACGAGCAUCACACCAAUGCUGUAAUUAAACUUGUCAACUACCUGAAUGGAUGCCAUCUUAAAAUGGAUCUGGCAUCGACGUUUCUCAAAAACUACGACAUCCCAGAUCAGCUGCUCAUGAUUUGUGAGUCCCUGAAAUCAGAUUUUGUCCUCUUGGUACUUUCAUCCGCUUUACAAAAGAGAAUGGAAGCCUGGAACAAGGAACAGGAUUAUGUGGAGUUUUUCAGGGAAACCAAUUCCAAUAUUCUUACCAAACAACUUUUAGAGGUAUUUCUGAAGAGCAACAAAACGUACGUGUGCAAGUUUGAUCACAUGACUGAAUUCGGACACUGGCCAAAGCCUUGCUACUCACUGCCAAGUGGCCUAACUAACAUGACUGCAGACCUGAACGGACAGAGUUUUAGCCAACGACUGAUUCUUUUGAAUUACUUCAAAUCAAAUACUCUUUGGAGUGAAUUGCAGGCAGCAAUUAAGAAAGCUGUCAUGCACGAGCAGUCACACGUCAACUGGUUCCAGGAGAAGUAUGUGUGUCCUCAGAAUGUAGCAGCUUCACAUUUAAUCGCUGAGGAAACACUAUGA